GUUUUUUCGAUGUUAAUAAGAAUCUUACAAGUAAAAAAUGUAUAAUCCAUCGCAUUCCUGGAAGUUGCUGGAACACGAAGAAUCAUACAAUUAUUUAAUGCAACACAUGUUUUUAUUGGGUUCUAAAAAACAGUUUAAAUUAAUGGUUAACUAAAAUUUUAUACUUAAUACAUUUAAUCUAAAAUUAUCAGUACGGUUGUAUGGUUGGUCCGAACUGAAGAUUUCUCACUGUAUCUUUCGCAUCUUAUGUACCAAAGAAUAUGAGUACAUAACCUCUGGGAUCUUGACAGAUAUCAUUUGCAUUUGAGUCAGUUGUUGAGGCAACAUGGCUUGGGGAACUCCAUGCGACGGCCCCGUGGUCGACUUCGUCAUUUUUCUCCUUCAGACAGAGCUUGAUUCUGGUGAAGAUGGCGCAGUUCACCAUGCAGCGCUCCUUCCGCCUCAUCCUCCCGAGGAAAGGCCCAGUGGCCUGCCGCCUGCUCAGCCGUGUCCUGGACCUGACCAUAGUACUCUGUAUGAUCCCCUUCAUGUACUUAUUCGGCGUGGUCUUCUCCUUCUGGUGCAUCAGGAAAUCCAACAACUACGAACUCCUGCCCCACAUAGACGAACACGAAACGAUUUGGAUGCAAAUAGUAGAUCCUUCCUUUUCGGCCAUCUGAGAAAGACGCUAGAAAUCAAUAAAGUUUUUUUCGUUGUAUUCUCUUUUAAUAGAUAAUUAUAUUUU